CCAUCGAGACUCCACCCACACCCACCCACCCCCGCACGAGCCAGUAGCCACACACCCCCCCACCCCGCACCCAUGGCCGCCGCCGCCGCCGGCACCCGGGAGGAGAUGGUCUACAUGGCCAAGCUAGCGGAGCAGGCGGAGCGGUACGAGGAGAUGGUCGACUUCAUGGAGAAGGUCGUGGCGGCCGCCGCGUCCUCCGAGCUCACCGUCGAGGAGCGCAACCUGCUCUCCGUCGCCUACAAGAACGUCAUCGGCGCGCGCAGGGCGUCCUGGCGCAUCGUAUCCUCCAUCGAGCACAAGGAGGAGACGCGGGGCGCAGCGGGCCACGCCGCUGCCGCCAGAGGGUACCGCGCCCGCGUCGAGGCUGAGCUCUCCGGGAUCUGCGCGGGCAUCCUCCGCCUCCUCGACGACCGCCUCGUCCCCGCUGCCGCCGCCGUUGAUGCUAAGGUCUUCUACCUUAAGAUGAAGGGGGACUAUCACCGUUACCUCGCCGAGUUCAAGACCGCUGCUGAGCGUAAGGACGCCGCCGACUCCACGCUCGCAGCAUACCAGGCAGCGCAGGACAUCGCCGUCAAGGAGCUGCCGCCCACGCACCCCAUCAGGCUCGGCCUCGCCCUCAACUUCUCCGUCUUCUACUACGAGAUCCUCAACUCGCCCGACCGCGCAUGCUCCCUCGCCAAGCAGGCCUUCGACGAAGCUAUUUCGGAGCUGGAUACUCUUGGGGAAGAGUCCUACAAGGAUAGCACCCUCAUCAUGCAGCUCCUACGUGACAACCUCACCUUGUGGACUUCUGACAUGCAGGAGGAUGGCAGUGAUGAAAUGAGGGAUGCAAGCAAGCCUGAUGAUGAGUAGUAGUGAGACCAUCCAAGUGACUGCCAUCUCUGUCUCUUAAGUCUUAACCCUUGGGGGUAGUCGUGAUGCUUGUACAAGGACCAUUUUCGUUGUGUCCUUUAUCAUCGGGUCUGCUUACCUUUCGUUUUGUUAUAUUGCUAUUGUGGUCCCCCAUGUAUCAUUUCACCUUGCAACUGGAACCCUGUUACUGUUAGUGUGUGGGAAAGAAUAACAUAAGCCCUCUGUUAACUAGUACAUGGAUUGCCGCCAACUCUUAUGAACUAUUGAGUCUAUGAUUGAAUGGUUAUGCAUGUUGGAU